AGAAAGGUCAUGAUGGAUGCGGAACUUGACAAAAUCAAAUACGGAGUUGAAGAACCAGUUAUUUUUGACGAUGGAUUAGUUGAAACGACAAUGACAAAAGAUCUUCAAUUCCACACGAAAGCUAUAUACAAGGACCGCCCGGUUACGGUAACAAUCUGUGCGCUAGACAGCGCAGUUAGAUUCCGGCAAGCCCGAAUGAAGCGCGAUUUCCUUCUUUGCGUUAAAACGAGAAUGGAACUAAUACAUGCAAAUUUUGCGCGAUUUAUUGGAAUUCAACGAUCAGCAACAACUGUUAUGUUUCUGCAUGAAUACUGUCAGCGGGGCACCUUACAACAGUUUCUCCUAUUACCGGGUAUAACGCUCGACUGGAAUUUAAAAAUUAGCUUGGCGGUUGAUUUACUACAGGCGGUGAAAAUUGUUAACACAUGCAUUCCGUUUCGCCAACAUGGACUGAUCAGCUGCUCAACGUGUAUGGUCGAUAAUCACUUCAACCUAAAACUGGUGGACUUCUCAGUCUACAGCAUGUUAAAGUUUGGAUUCGGUGUGCAAGGCUUCGGAAGAUGCACGGCUUUUGAUAUGUACCACAUCGCCCCGGAAAUUAUCGCCGUUGACGACUGCGGCAAGGCUUCGAGUAGAAGUAACAUGUAUGCCGCUGGAACGCUACUCUGGGAAAUCUUUGCGGAGAAAUGUUAUGAAGACAAUACAAUUUCUGUGAAAGACGGCGCUACUCAAGAACAUAAUACUUUCAAGAGCACCUCGUUGGCGCAGGCUUUAUUGAAAUGUAUGGACAACAAUCCAUCGGAGCGGACAACCAUGGAGACUUUGUGCGGACUCCUGCGGGAAGCAAACGGAAAACGAACCGUGGUCGAAAGAGUAAUGCAGACGCUGGCAAAAUACGCUUCUGAACUGGAGCAUGCGGUAGCACUCCGUACUCAGGAUCUCCUGGUAGAACGAGCCAAGUGUGAUGCCCUUUUGCAACAUAUGCUCCCAGCAAGCGUCGUGGAAAAACUACGACGUCGUGAAACCGUUCUUCCGGAGAGUUAUUCCUGUGUUACCUUGCAGUUUAGCGAUAUCGUAGGUUUCCUGGAAUUUGUGCGUGAAAUGCAGCCAUUCAGUGUUGUGGAGUUUUUGAACAAGUCCCACGGAUUAUUCGAUGAGGUUAUCGGAGGCUUCGACGUGUACAAAGUGGAAACAAUAAGCGAUUCAUAUUUUGUGAGUGUUAUAAAUACUUAA